AUGCGCGUACCUGAGUCUAUCAAGACUGUCUUUGACACUUUCCCUCUCAAGACAUUUCCUGCGGUUCCUGUGGGAUCUCCAGACCAAACUCAAGCGGUCGAAGAUCAAAAAUUUUACUUUCGUGGAGAACCAUCCAAAGAUGGAAAUAGUUUUAUUCUUGGGGUACAUAGCAUAUUACCAAUCGAAGUAGAUGGAAUCACUAAAUAUAUACCGUCCGAUCCGAUUUCAUUGGCUAAAUGUUUAUCGACUUGUCAUAAAAAUAAUUUAAAGUUGCCCAUUAGUGGAGAUGAGAAAUCUGGUGAAUCGAGCAAUUGUAUGAUGGCAUUUGCUCACCAAGCUUCCCCGGAUCAAGAACUUCCACUACUUAUACAUGACUCUAAUGGUAGGGAUAGAACUUUCAUAACUUCAAGAUCAAUGAGUAGUAUUUCCAUUAAAAAGGUGACCAGUGUUACUGCGCAAGUGGUACUCGAAAUGAUUGAAACAAAGUUAUAUGACCUAUGGAUACUGUGUCUUUUAGUUGAGGCAGACGAAACUUCCUUAAAUAAAAUUUUCCGACUUAACUCACAACUGUCUUGGACAAGUCAAUUAUAUACUGUGGCACUCUUUCAAGAGAUUCCACUGUGGAGAAACUUCAAUAUUAGACAUUCCAAUUUAUUCACUACUUCUAGGGUGAAAAAGUUAGCACAAGGUUCGAGUAUGGCCUCCACGUUUGGAUCUACUUUAUCUGCAUUAAGAACAAAUGUGAGUUUAGAUCACUUUUAUAAAGAUCAACUUAUAGAAUUUGAAGCCAUAUUACAAAGCUUGACUGAUUUCAUAGAGAAUAAUGAGGAUGAAGACCCAGUAGUAGAAAUAGAAGUGGCUGCAUUCUUGAUCCUGGUAGACCAGACUUUGAAAGAUACGAAAUUAGGGAAAUUGAUCCAAACCUCACUUUUAGAUCGUUGCUACUUACUUUUAUCUAAAUAUUAA